UCAUGAAACGGCUCAUUGAUAAUUUCUUUUUGAAAUGUUGACAUGCCUAAUUGAUAUACAGCCCAUCAAAAUUAAAGCAAAGGAAGCCUAAAUAUAAUGACACCCAUUUGACCAUGCUGCAUAAAUUAAAACACUCGGAUAUAUCUGGAAGAGUGGAAGCCAGACCCUUCGGCUUUACCCAGUUGUAAAACACUCGGAACUCACCUCCAAGUUCCAACCAUUGUCAAAGCUAAAACUCCACCUCUUCAUUCCAACUUCCAAGGUAGACCAAGCCAAUCAUCUCGUCGCCCAUCUGUGUCGUUGCUGGAAGUGAACAAAUGUGGUCUCUUGUUAGAACCCUGUGUUCAUUGAGCAUGUGUGAGGAAACCAUGUGAUCAAAAAUGUAUUUAUAGCCAAAUUUACAUUCGAAUAUAUGGCUGGAAAAAACCCAAUAUGAAUUGGUGUAACUAAGUAACUAACGCGCAGGAGUUAAGUAGACCAGAGUUCCGCCUUCGCCUGUUCCGUCUUCGGCUUCGUAGGUCGCCGGUCGUCCUUCCAGAGACCAGAGUUCCGGCCUUCAGGAUUCAGCCAAUCGGCGUCCUGCACCGCUUCAACUCUCCGAUCCACUAAGCCAGCAGGCCUUCAAGAGUUCUUGUCAGGCAAGUUACAAAUCGCAUUGCCCAAUCUAUCCUGACCAUUAGAUCAACCUGAUUGUGCAUCUGGACAUUUGAUCUGAGCUUCUACAAACUUAGUGCAAUCCCACCGCUUCACCACCUUCUUCCCGCAAACAAUGUGGACAAAAAGGCUCACAACUUUAUCAAGAACCCUCUCUCACCGUUAUCCAAUCCUCUGGUCAACGUCACCUCAAAUCCCAUUUCAUUCCUACUCACAAGUUUCGAUUCCAUUAUCUCCUUCAUCUGCUUCUAAUUUAUUCCAAAGUCAAAGACGUCUUAUUCCCAAAUUCCAAAGUGGAAAAUAUGUUUGCACUGUAUCUUCUAUAGAGAAACUCAAGUGCUGGAACUGUAAUUCAGAGGCAUCAAGUAACCAUCCGUUUCUUUUUUGUGAAACUUGUGCUAGUGUUCAACAUGUUGAUGAAUCCAUUGAUUAUUUCCAAAUUUUUGGAUUGGAGAAAAGAUAUGAAAUUAAGGGGCAGAAUCUUGAGCUCAAGUACAAAGACUGGCAGAGGAAGCUCCAUCCUGACUUGGUUCAUACGAAAUCCAAGAAAGAAAAGGAGUUUGCUGCUGAACAGUCUGCUCGUGUAAUCGAUGCAUAUCGGACUCUCACCAACUCAUUGUCAAGAGCAAAAUAUCUUGUGAAGUUGGAAGGAUGGCACGUAGACGAAGAGGAGAGGAUUUUGGACCCUGAGCUGCUAGGGGAGAUUAUGGAGAUCAGGGAAACUAUUGAAGAAUCAGGAGACCCACAAUCAUUGAAACAUAUUCAGGCACAGCUAAGGGAAAAGUAUGAAGAGUGGUCAAAAUCAUUUGCAGUAGCUUUUGAGAACAGAAACGCAGAAGAAGCUGCAUCAUCUAUCCGAAGAAUGACAUACUACAAGCGGGCAGAUGAGGAAAUAACUAAAAAGCUAUGACACCAGACCACCCCACCAUUGCUUGUUACUCGUUAGUAAGGUUUUACCUAUCAAGCAGUUUAUUUGUACCUUUUAAAGAUUAUGAGCCGCCCUUUACGAUUUUGUGCACCUGAAGUAAUUGAGAUCUUUGAGUUCAAGAGCAGUGGUCAUUUGUUUUCCCUGUCGUCAUCUCCAAUAAGAGACAGAUGGAAAGAACUUAUCAAAUGAUUCUGACUUCUCAGACGUUUCCUCAUAUGAAAGAUAAUUUAUAUGCAGGCUCAGAGGUUGUAAUGAGACAAUAGAGGGAACACCCUUGUUCCGUCUGCUUCUUUGUUUGUAUUGUUUAUUGUUAAUGUUAAUACAUAAUGUGAUUUGGAUGCCAUUUCAUUAUUAUAUAAUGAGAGCAUUAGAGCAUGUUUUGUAGAUUCACUAAAUAUAUUGCGUGUUUAGGACUAUUUAGUUCCCAAUUGUGUAUUUUGGAUUCAAAAUGGUCCUUAGUCCUUGGCUC